AACAGUCUAAUAUGAUCGGUGGCGCAGCGAGUCGCCAUCUGGCGACGCGGCGGCGAAACUCCACAACUGCGCUGAGUCUGGCUGCAGCAAGGAGCCUUGCAGCUGGAGGCAGCGGCAGCAGCAGCAACAGCGCCACAGACUCCCCACUGCGGCCUCUGGCGGCACUCAGUAAGGGCGGCACUGCCACUUCUCGUGGGGCCGACGGUCUUGGCAGCAGCGGCACUUUGGCUGUCAACAAACCCUCGGGCUCCGGUUCUCCGAGGACAAGCAGCCCAAGAAGGCGCCCAAGAAGCUCGAGCCUGACGACCAUCAGCAUUCGCAUGGCGGGCAUAGCGUCAUCUAUCUCUCCGCCUGCUGGACGUCGGGAGCUGGAGUCUCCCGACACGCCGUCAGUGACGUCCCCUGCUGCAGCGUCGCCAAGCAAAACCUCGCCUUCCGUACCAUCAGUUGCUGCACCGACUCCGACGACCACAGGAACUUGCAGCACUUCCGCAAGUGCUCCAAUACCCGCUACAUUUUGCCCAACGGUUCCUUGUCCAGUUCCUUCAUAUGCGGGAAAUGCGAGUGGCGGUGGCAGCACUGGCGGCGGCGUCGGCGGUGGCGCCCCCGUGCCAGCGUCGCCACGGCGGAUGCCGCUCAUUGAUCGCAGGAUGUCAUCCAAGGACUCUUCUGCGGCUCUCGGUCUGCCCAACAUAGACGAAGACGAGGAACUCAAGAUCGAUUUCCAGCUCGUGUCUCGCGUAGGCAAACAGUGA